UUACGCCCCUUUUAUUUUGUUGCAGUUGGUUCAGUCCGUUUGCCGACUAGCGUGUUCUGUUAACCCGUCAGGGUCAGUGGAUAAAUCACAGCACAGCAGAGCUGUCUUAUCCAUAACAUUCAACUUAUAUAUUGUUUAUUAAAACCAAAAAGCGUCACUUAGACUAUAAUAAUGUCUGGACCAAAGAAAGGAGACCUAACCGACACGGAGAAGGAGCUACUUCUAGUUAUUGCUGCAGGUAAUGUGCAAGAAGCCUCUAGACUGCUUGGAUCCAAAGAUGUCAGGGUAAACUGUCUGGAUGAGUAUGGCAUGACCCCUCUAAUGCACGCCGCAUAUAAGGGCAAGGCAGACAUGUGCAAACUGCUGCUGCAGCAUGGAGCAGACGUCAACUGCAACGAACAUGAACAUGGAUACACCGCACUCAUGUUUGCCGGACUCUCAGGAAAGACAGAUAUCACCUGGAUGAUGUUGGAUGCUGGAGCAGAGACGGAUGCAGUGAACUCAGUCGGCAGAACGGCAGCGCAAAUGGCUGCUUUUGUAGGGCAGCAUGAUUGUGUGACGGUCAUCAAUAACUUCUUCUCCCGGGCGAGGUUGGAUUACUACACAAAACCACAGGGGCUGGAAAAGGAACCAAAACUCCCUCCUAAACUUGCUGGACCGCUACACAAAAUUAUAAUGAGUACCAACCUCAACCCUUUAAAGAUAGUUAUGUUGGUGAAGGAAAACCCUCUGCUGAUGGAUGUGGAAGCACUUGAGAAGUGCCGCAAGGUUCUGGAGCUGAUCUGUGAGAAGUGCAUCAAACAGCAGGAGAUGAAUGAGGUGUUGGCUAUGAAGAUGCACUACCUCAGCUGUGUGCUGCAGAAAUGUGGGUCCUUCCUGAAAGAGCGACAGGACAAACUUGAUGGCCUAAUCAAGAGUCUUUUGAAAGGGCGAGACAGUGAUGGCUUCCUGGUAUUCCAGGAGAAGUUCAUUCGGGAGUGCAUUAGGAAAUUUCCAUACUGUGAUGCCACAUUACUGCAGCAGCUGGUCCGGAGUAUUGCUCCAGUGGAAAUUGGAAGUGACCCCACUGCUCUGUCAGUGCUCACGCAGGCCAUCACAGGACAGGUGGGUUUCAUGGACGCAGACUUCUGCACAACCUGUGGUGAGAAAGGAGCAGAGAAAAGAUGCUCCAUCUGCAAAAUGGUGAUCUACUGUGACCAGGCCUGUCAAAAGCUGCACUGGUUUAGCCAUAAAAAGGUCUGUAAGAUGUUACAGGAGCAGAGAGAGAAACACGAAGCUGAGUCUGCAUCACGACUACAGAAACAGGCCAAAGCUGAGGCUGAUCAAGCAUUGGAGGAGAUGACCGGCACUAUGGAGGAGCUCUCUGUCAGUCAGAGUGAGACCACCAGCUCCUCAGAUAACCAAACCCAAGAUGUUACCUCAGAGACAGUCUCUGUUACUGCAGACUGAAUCACAAAAUCAACUGAAUCAACCCAGCAACCAUCACCAUCACCAUCAUCUUCAUUGAAGACCCAUCUAAGACAAAAGAGAGCAGAUCUGUGAUGCCGCCCAGAGGUUCUGAAGGUUUCUUCAUAAUUCUCAUUCCGGAUGCUCUUCUGAAAGCACAUAACGUAGGGGAAAACCACCAAAAGCAUUUCCACACAAAUGCACAGGGAUGAAGGGUCUACAAGUGACAAAAUGUAGAUUUCUUUUUGUUUGAUUGUUUUAAAUAAUAUUUUUACAUUAUGUUGGAAAAAUCUAUGUAUUUAUGUAUGUGAAAAUCAUUUAUUGAGAGUCUUAUGUGUGAUGCAGGUUUUGCUUUAGGACAGAUAUUAUAAUAUAUUGCUGCAAGAUACUUAUGCCUUAAAAUAUUUAGUUUGUUCUUGUGGAAAAGGAUCAAAUCAAUAGAUGGCAGCAGCUUACUUGAGUUUUCAUAAAUCUGUAGCAUUUAUCUGAAUGCAACAGGUAUUUUUGGAGAUGCCUGAUAUUGAAAUACAAUAAAACGGUUUCACAAAUAAAAUAAAUCGAUUUUCCGUCCGCAAGUUACAGACUAAUAGAUCACAUGUUCUUUAAUGAACAUAUGUCAAAUAUUAGAUAGCACUCACAGUACAAAUAUUUCAGAAAACAUUAGUCGUGACAAUGUUUAUUGAGUUU